UGGGCCUGAAAUGAAGCUUGAGACGCAGCGCAUAACACAUGUCAAUUGGUUUCUUUGAUUUUCCCUAGUAUAAAAAGCGAUAAGAAAACUCUAGCUCACCUUCUCUUCUUCCUCUAAUUGCUUUUCUCCGUCACUGAGUACCUUGCCUCUCGAGCUCCCAAUCUUAAGUAGAGGAUUGAGCUUAAGGCAAGAUGGUAAGAAACUUAAAUAUUUAUUUUGAAUAUUUGAUCAAUUAUCUAUCUUUAUGAAUUAUUGAUCAAGAAACAAAAUUUAAAGAACAUCCGGGACUUGAAAAAGUAGUGGAAAUUUCACAAAACCGAAAAGCAAACGGUUAAUUCGGUUUUACAAAGACCAAACAGAAAAUUCAAUAAUUCGGUUUGGUUCGGUUUAAUUACACCGAACAAAAAAGUUGGUACAUUCGUUUUUAUUUUUCCGCCAUUCUUGUCGAUCUUCUUCAGUCGUAAAACCGCCGCGUCUCUGCUGACCCUCCUCUUCUCAUUUCAUCGACGGGAGAAAAUCCCAUACCAUCUGAGAUUUCCAACAGUGAAAUUAAGAUGUCAACAGGAAUAUCCACUGAUCUCCAUGUCCAUUUUGGAGCUCUAAAUUUCUCAAAAACCUACAAAUCUGGUUUAAGCAAUCGAACGGUGUCUUUUUCGAGAGUCGGGUAUGCUCAGAACAGGAAAUUGAGCUGCAGUGUUUCCAACACAGAGAAUGUAGCUCCUAAGGAUGAUGAAAGAGGAAAGGAUAGACCUUUGGUUAAGAUGUGUGGCAUCACAUCAGCCAGAGAUGCAGCUAUGGCAGUUGAGGCUGGUGCCGAUUUUAUUGGGAUGAUUAUUUGGCCACAUUCAAAACGAUCUAUUUCUCUUUCUGUCGCAAAGGAUAUCUCCAAAGUGGCCAGGGAAGGUGGGGCCAAACCUGUUGGUGUUUUUGUUGAAGAUGAUGAGAACACGAUACUGAGAGCAGCUGAUUCCUCUGACCUUGAGCUUGUGCAGCUUCAUGGUAAUGGUUCGCGUGCUGCUUUCUCGAGGUUAGUACGCAAGAGGAGAGUCAUAUAUGUCCUUAAUGCAAAUCAGGAUGGAAAGCUCUUGAAUGAAGUUCCUGAAGAGGAUUGUCAUCUUGCUGAUUGGAUUCUUGUGGAUAGUGCAACGGGUGGGAGGUACCAAGAACAACUUUUCAAUUUCUUUCGCAUUGUAAUGUACUCCUUAGAAGAAAAAUUUAAGCAAUCACUCUAGUACAUAAAACCAUUUGUCUUUCACGAGGUGAUUGAAAUAUCAAGAGUGUGAUAGGUUCAAUCAUAACAAUUUGCUGCAGUGGACACGGAUUUAACUGGGCUCAAUUCAAGUUGCCUUCCGUCAGAAGCAGAAAUGGGUGGCUCUUAGCUGGGGGAAUCAAUCCAACAAAUGUUUCAGAAGCUCUUUCUAUCCUUCAACCUGAUGGAAUUGAUGUUAGUAGCGGUAUUUGCGGUACAGACGGUAUCCAGAAGGAUAAGUCUAAGAUAAGCUCCUUUAUAACUGCAGUUCGCUCUGUACACUACUAAUGGCAAGCAAUAUAAACCACGGUAAUUUAUCUUGUAACUAUAGUUUUGAGCAUCAACCUGUUGUUUCCAAUCCAUGUCAUUAAGUUUUGAAUUGUAACUGGCUGAUAAUAAUAAUAAUGCCCUUUUUUUUCAUCAGUAGUAGAUUUAAAUUAAAAGCGUUGGGUUGUCACCGUAAUAAUGUCGUUGGGCUCUCAAGAACAAGAUCCUUGUAUGAAAUGUAUUCUACUGAUCAUAUAUUAUUUCAUUUGAUCGAGAGUUUUACCACAGGUUUCUACAAAUUAAUGCUUUUUUAAUCUCGAAAAGGCUUUACACCAAAACAAAAAGAACAUAAUGAAUGGGCCAAGAUGAAUUUAUGUAACUUGUCUGCCUGGUUCACUGCAGUAUGUCCUCAUGUUCUUUGUCCAUUGAGUUUUGGAUCUGCCUCAUAGUACACGACAUCUCCUGUAUCGCUUACGAAAUGGUCUUGUUUC